UUCUGGCGUGUUUGUUGUACAUUAUGAAGAAGGAGCAAGUUGUCAACUGUCAGUUUUCGGUCUGGUAUCCGAUAUUUAAGAAAUUUACAAUAAAGAGUUUGAUUCUUCCUCUGCCUCAGAAUGUAAUUGAUUAUUUGCUAGAUGAUGGAACACUUGUAGUACCAGAAAGUGCCAGCAACACUCCGCAAACUCAUAACAACACUAGUGACUCUGAAGGAGAUGAUGUUCAGUGGUCAGACGACGAAACAACAGAGACUGUUAAAGCCCCAGAGUUCCCAGAUUUCAAUGCUAAAGUGCUUGAAGCAAUAAAUUCACUUGGUGGGUGCGUGUUCCCUAAACUCAACUGGAGUGCACCACGUGAUGCUAACUGGAUCGCUCUGAACAGUUCCCUGCAAUGCCAGAGCCUCAGUGACAUAUUUCUUCUGUUCAAGAGCUCCGAUUUUGUCACGCAUGACCUCACACAACCAUUCAUCCACUGUAGUGAUCAAGAUUCCCCAGAUCCAACCAUCAGCUAUGAGCUGGUCUUGAGGAAAUGGAGUGAAUUGAUCCCAGGGGGAGAGUUCCGGUGCUUCGUUAAGGAGAGCAAGUUGAUCGGGAUCUCUCAGAGGGAUUACACACAGUACUACCAUCACGUAUCGAAACAGGAAGACAGCAUCUGUCAGUCUAUCCAGGACUUCUUCAGGGACCAUAUCCAGUACAAGUUUCUGGAUGAUGACUUUGUUUUGGACGUCUACCGGGAUAGCUGUGGCCAGGUCUGGCUGAUUGAUAUAAAUCCAUUCGGGCCGGUCACAGACUCCUUGCUAUUCACCUGGGAGGAACUGAGCUCCGGGAGCCGUCUGACCGCUAGUCAGCCACAAGAUGACAUGCCUCAAGAGGAGAGGCCUGCAUUCCGUUAUACUACCAGUGAAGUCACUGUUCAGCCCAGUCCUUGCCUGAGUUACAGAAUGCCACGGGACUUUGUGGACCUGUCCACAGGAGAGGAUGCCUACAAACUUAUCGACUUUCUCAAACUGACCAAAAGACAGCAGGAAGCAGAAGAAUCUGAGGGAGAGGCCUAGAAGAUGUUCAUGCUUCCCUUCUUGUAGACAGACACAUACAUACAGUGCAGUAAAUUAUUGACUAGGUGGAUCCAGAACCACUGUCUUAUUACAGUUCUCAUUCACAUAUCAAGACAAGCUUCAUCCUGUCUUACCUUUGAAAAUCCUUUUCCCAGCUCCUUGCACUUUCAAGUGAGUUUGUGUUUGCUGUUACUUUGUAAAGCUUAGCAGUACCCAUCAUGAUUCUUUACUGGAUCUAGAGUUAUUGUAGUCUUAUGGAUAUAAUGUUUGCUUAACAGGACAGGAAUUUUCUUUUUCCUGAGGAAUAACUCUCCUUUUCUGAGGAACAACCUAAAUAAUAACAAGCGUUUGUGUCUUAGUUGUGCUCUGAUGCAAAAGGGCAUUAAAGCCUAUUGUGUGAACUGAUUAGAUCCCUCCUCACACCAUGUAAAUGUGCAUGCAUUUUUUUUUUGCAUGUAUGUUGACUUUGGUCUCAAAUGGACCAUGGUUAUCUUCUAUCAUCUUUGGGAAGUGGGACUAGAAGAGUGGAGUCAACAUCCACAGUUGGCUUUAGGCUUUUUCAUUAUGGUUGUGAAAUAAACGCUUUUGUGUAAAUUA